AUGACGAUGCAGGCGCGCGACCCGACGGAGCUGCUGGCCAGUGGCAAGGAGAACUCCGCGGCGGGCGGCAACCAGCCCACGACGCCGUCCAGUGCGCGCGACAAGCUGCGCCGAAGCAGCAGCGACGCGGCGCGCCGCGUGUACGACAGCGACCGGUUCAAGCUCGUGCAGAGUCGCAGAGGCAGCGGCGCCGCCAGCCCGCUGCCGGCCAGCAGCAACCAGGAGGAGAACGUGGACAUGGAGCUGCCGCCUCCCCCUCCGCCUGCUCCGGCCGCGGCCAAGCAGAAGAAGAAGGAGCCGACGCCGCAGCCAGUUGUGGCCGACCAGAUCCUCGAGGCGUAUUUGGACGCCGGCGGCUACGUCAAGACGCGGACGUACCUCAAGGGGAAAUUCCUGGGGAAGGGAGGGUUUGCGCGUUGCUACGAGAUGAAGUGCGAGCAGACGGGUAAAGUUUACGCCGGCAAAGUGGUGGCCAAGAGCUCGUUGGUGAAGCCCAAGGCCAAGCAGAAGUUUACGUCGGAGAUCAAAAUCCACAAGUCCCUGCACCACCCGCAGGUUGUACAGUUUGAACACUUUUUUGAAGACUCGGACAACGCGUACAUUCUGCUGGAGCUGUGCCGCAACCAGUCGCUGUCGGACCUCAUGCGAAGGCGGAAGCGCCUCUCGGAGAGCGAAGUGCGGUUCUACAUGCGCCAGCUCGUGGAGGGGCUGGCCUACUUGCACGAGAACCUGGUGAUCCACCGCGACCUGAAGCUGGGCAACCUGUUCCUCACGACAGACAUGCGACUCAAGAUCGGAGACUUUGGACUCGCCACGAGGCUUGAUAACCCCGAAGACCGCAAGCGCACGAUGUGCGGUACACCGAACUACAUUGCGCCGGAGAUUUUGAGUGGACAGCGAGGAGACGGACACAGCUUCGAGGUCGACAUUUGGUCGACGGGCGUUGUCAUGUACACGCUGCUCGUCGGCCGGCCCCCGUUCGAGACGGACGACGUCAAGGCCACGUACAAGCGUAUCCGCGCCAACCAGUACGACUUCCCAGAGACUGCGCAUGUGUCACGCUCAGCUCAGUCGCUGAUCCGCGGCAUCCUUCGGAGCGAUCCUGGCGCCCGACCAUCGCUGGAGCAGAUUUUGAAGCACCCGUUCCUGGCCGAUGAGUUUGUCCCGACGUCGUUGCCCCGGACAGCUUUGCUUGUUACGCCACCAGCCUGCAAGAACCAGUCUUUCGCGAGCCGUCACAGUGACAGCGAACGCUUUGCAAGCUCCACGGGAGUAAGGGUUCCGCCGCCCGCAGCUGCAGCGAAGAGGUAUCCUCUACAAUCUCGUGAUGUGAACGCUCCGGGUCAGCGGGCCUCCGAUCCCGGAGCAUCGCCCUCCUUGGGGCAAUCCCUACCUCCUGCUUACAAGCGAGACGGAUCUGGAAAAACAUCCGCGUAUACAAGCACCGCCCGAAGGAAACUAACCGAGACUACAAGCACUUCAACCGAACGGCAAUUCAACAAGGUACCAGUGGAGGCUUCUCCGCCUCAAAACGUACUAGAAGCGGCGUACAAGUCAUUGUCGCGCUUCUUUUAUCUGCAAGAACACAGUGGAAAUGGCGAAAAUGGAGAGCGCAGACUGAGUGAGUCAUCUUCUGCUGCUAUAAUCGUGGCGGCCGCACAACGACUGAAGGAAAUCCGUGCUGAAGCUGAAGAGAUUCAGCCGCUCGUACCAGCCAGCCUGUGGAUAUCGCAGUGGGUCGACUACACGUCCAAGUACGGCAUCGGCUACAUGCUUUCGAAUGGUGGAUCGGGUGUGUACUUCAACGACUCCACCAAGAUGAUAUCGUCAGCUGACGGCCGCGUGUUCCAGUACAUCGAGCGCCAGAGCAGCAACAAUCGAGUCUCAGAACCGUGUGCUAAGUACACCAUGGAUAACUACGACCCGGCGUUGAAGAAGAAAGUGACACUACUCGGCCACUUUAAGGGAUAUUUGGUGGAUGCCCGUGCGGAGAACGACGAAGCCGACACUCUUGAGAGUCAGCUUGCGCGGUCCUUCGUGCUGUCAUCUCGUGAAGUUGGUACGGAUACGAGCGUGCUUGGAGACAACAGCAGCGGAGACGAGACCAUGGUGUUUGUCAAGAAGUGGGUCAAGACUCGGCAUGCAGUGCUCUUCCAGCUGUCGAACGGCACAGUGCAGUUCAACUUCUUCGACAAGUCGAAGCUCAUGCUAUCCUCAAACGCCCGCGUCGUGACGUACCUGGACCGUGAGGGAGACCUGACUGUUUUCUCAUCGUCAACAGCGAUCCUCACACCGGAGCGACCCGAUCUCGCCAAACGGCUGCGCUAUGCGAAAGACAUGCUGCAGCAAAUGGUGCGGACGCCGGACCACAAGUAG